UCAAACAGUUUUGGCUACAGGGAGAUGGAGGAGCGGCUAGACGCGGCGGUGGCGCUCGAGGAUGACGAAGAGAAACUUUGGGAGGAAGAAGAAGGAGAGGAAGACCCGGAGGAUGAUCCCGGACGAGCACUGGAAGCGGUUGAGGAAUUGCUGCGCGAGAGAGAGGCGUUCAUCCGGAAAGUGAGAGCGAACGAGAUGAGCUUGGAGGACCUUUGCAAGCACGUCACUGAGGCAAAAUCCAGGGCCGAGAAGGAGAGAGACGAGCUUACGUCUCAGAUCGACAAGCUCAAGUUUAAGAUGGCAUCGCAGUCUGUGUUGAUCGAUCAGCUCAACGAACAGGUUGGAACUGCGAGGAACAACGUAAAAAACCAGCGCGAGCAGCUGGAGAUAUAUCUCCAAAAGGAGAGGCAAGAGGAGCUCCAAGAGAACGCUUUGGUGGACGGUGGCGAUGGUCGCUAGAGAGAAUCUUACGGUGGCCGGGGUUUCACGCUCGUAUAGGUCGGGACGGCCUAUAUGAAUGGACGUUGAUAGGAAAUGUAAAAAUUUUGGUGCUCGUUUUAAAUUCUUACGGCUUUGCCGCUCGCGGCGCU